AUGGCACUGGCUCGAGGGAAAGGCCUGCCCCUCUGGGGGCCCUGGCAUGUGCGGACCCUGGACUACCGCCUGACCGUCCAGCCGGAGAUGGAACAGCUGGUGAGGGCCACGGUGGUUUACCCUGCGGCUCUGCCGCUGGCUCUCGCGCGGCUGGAGUGCGUGGGCUACCACGCCCCCAACCACGCCGUGGUGCAGAACUUUGUCAGCCAGCUGGUGGACCAGCGCGUGCCCCGGCCCUCCUGCGUGCCCUACAAGUACAGCCCCAUCAGCGUGCUCAUGCUGGAGCCCGGCGGCAGCAUCCUCUACAAAGAGUACGAGGACAUGAUCGCCGAGUCCUGCACCUGUCGCUAG